UGGCUGAACCCGAUGCCACAAAUGCAGUGCAGAGUGGGUCUAAGGACCAGGGUGAGGCUGAAGCAGAUGUAGGCAAAACUGUAGCUCAGCAUUAUAACAAGCUACAAGAGGCUGGACUGGAUGCCAGAACUCAAAGCAGAAUCUUUUAUCUACGUAACUUCAAUAACUGGACGAAGAGUAUGUUAAUAGGUGACUAUUUACAAAAGAUUCGAUCAAACAAAGGUGAAAGAUGUGAAAUCUCUGUACUGGAUCUAGGAUCAGGGAAGGGUGGUGAUCUUCUAAAAUGGAAAAAGGGCAGAAUAGAUAAAUUGAUCUGUGCUGAUAUUGCAGAGACAUCUGUAGAGCAGGCUGAAUCUCGUUUUAAGGACAUGGGGGAUAGAGGUGGUAGAGAGAAGUUCCAACAGAAAUCUUUUCAAGCAGAGUUCAUAGUUGCAGACUGUACAAAGGAACGCCUGAAGAGCAAGUACAAAGAUCCAGAGACCCAGUUUGACCUUGUGAGCUGCCAGUUUGCCUUCCAUUACUGCUUUGAGAGCUAUGCACAGGCAGAUAUGAUGUUGCGUAAUGCAGGGGAGUGCCUAAGACCAGGGGGUUACUUUAUAGGAACUACUCCAAACAGUGCUGAAAUAGUGCGUAGACUGAAGAAUGCAGAAGGAACAAAGUUUGGGAAUGAAGUUUAUAGUAUAGAGUUUGAGAACAAUGACAAGGAACAUCUAGGCUUAUUUGGGGAGAAAUACAACUUUCAUUUGGAAGGUGUUGUCGAUUGCCCUGAAUUCUUGGUCUACAUUCCAUUAUUAGAAAAACUUGCAAUGAAAUAUAAUCUUAAACUAGUUGAGAAAAAAGGUUUUGAGGAAUAUUUCAAAGAACAUAUCACGACUCAAGAUGGAAGAGCUCUUAUUGGUCGAAUGCAAGCUUUAGAGCCGUAUCCAGCUGAUGACGAUGUGGACCUGAUGGGUAAAGAUGUUCCAGGUUCCUAUACUGCAGCACAAAACAAAGUCGAUCAGAUACAAGCUGAGAAAGACUCUAAUAAUGACAGGCGUAAAUUCAAAGUGGGGACUUUAUCUCAGUCUGAAUGGGAAGCAGCCACUGUAUACCUUGCAUUCGCUUUUCAAAAACAAAGUGAAGAUGAUUCAAAAUCAGAAACUCAGCCUCAAGAAUCUAGGAAAAGGACUUAUGAUGAAGCUAAUGCUGCUUCGGAAGCUACCUGAUAUUCAACUAAAAAUGACUGGUGUCUAUUAUAACUAUCUGAUGCAGUAUGGCAAGUCCUUAGUCUGGGGUACUUGGGUGAAUAGCUGAUCUCAGUACAUGUACUAAAUAUCAUUUCCUGUACAGAAUGACUGAUCCCACCCAAUGAAAUUCUUGAUAUUGAAAAUGACUGAUUCUUGAUAUGGAAAAUGACUGGUUCCUGAGAAAUUUUUCUCCUCUCUAAAACACCUUCAAUUAUUCUGAGAUAAUCACAUCUAGAGAUUCUUACAUUUUCAGAGAGAGGUGUUCACAUUCAGGGCUAAUUGUACAUUUUUCUGAUACGUGAGACACAUGUAUUAGGGAGGUCAGGUUUGCCAAAACGAAAUGAAGCCUUUUCCUGUAAUUUGCCCUUGUUGGCAAAAAUCAAAUGAUUUCAAAACAAUUUCAUUUGUUAUGAUUUCUCUAAAAGGAUUCUAUUUUUUUAUUUGACAGUUUUCAUUUGUGUGUAAAAAUGGUAUUAUGUAGCCGAACUCUUGAAUGACUUGUCCUGAUUUCAUCAUUUCAAGCUCAUACAUUGAAUAAUGACUCUCAAUAGUCAAUACAAUAUAUAAAAAUUAUUAUCUAAAAGUGACAAUAACCAUUAUGUUUUGUAUAUCAGUGCAAUCUUAUACCAGUUAUAUGUACAGGUGUACAUUUGGAUUCUAUCUUGAACCUUACAAUAAAAUUAUUUGUAAUUAAAUAGAA